AUGGAAACUCCGGUGAAGUACAUGUGCAUUCUCGUGUUUGUUGUGAGUAUGACUAUUGCAGGGUUCAAUGGAGUGUAUGGAACUAGUAAUUAUUAUGGUCCCUGUGGAAAACAUGACAUCGAGAAGGAGGCUCAGAAGCUGGCUCCAUGUACAUACGCAGCUAAAUAUUUCAGAGCUCCUGUUUCCGAGCGUUGCUGCACUAUAAUGGAGAAAAAGCUCAGCAAUCCAAGCUGCCUUUGUGCUAUUUUGCAAUCUCGUACGGCAUACAAUGCAGGAGUGAGGCCAGAAGUUGCGGUCACCAUUCCAAAACGCUGCAACAUUGCUGUUCGUCCUGUCGGUCACAAGUGUGGAGCUUUCCCGUUUGUUUAA